AUGGCAGACGAGGCCCCCACUGCCGCCGCGGCACCAGUGCUCGACAUGGUCAAGCUGAUCAGCGCCGAAGGCCACGAGAUUUACAUCAGUAGGACGUGCGCAAUGGUCUCCGGCACCAUUCGCGCGAUGCUGAGUGGUCAGUUCACGGAGAGCAAGGGCGAGAUCACGUUCCCGGACAUUAGUGCCCCUAUCCUGGAGAAAGUGUCGCAGUACAUGUACUACAAGACGCAGUACUCGGACAGCACGUCGCGGUUGCCCGAGUUUGCGAUCGAACCGGAGAUCGCCAUGGAGCUGCUCAUGGCGGCCAAUUACCUCGACUGCUGA